AUGGAAGGUGAACAACCGUACAAAAUUCAAAAUGAUUAUCAUCAACGAGCUGCUGGUUUUCUUCGUCAAGCACUUGAAUUUGACGAACAAUCAAAUAAUAAUGAAAUGGCUAUUCUAUUAUACAAACAAGGCAUACGUGAAUUAGAAAAAGCAGUAAAUUUAAAUGUUGAUUCUAAAGAUACUCGUGCCGUGGAACUGCAUGCAAAAAUGCGCAAAAAUUUAGCUAUGGCUCGUGAACGAGUGCAUAUUUUACAGAAUUCAAUUCGUAAAGAGAAUGCAGUACCACCAAAAGCUCAGGCUAUUCCAACAAAAGCUCAGGCUAUUCCAACAAAAGCUCAUCCUAUUCCAACGAAAGCUCUACGUCCUACGCCUCCUCGUAAGAUCGCUUCACCACCUCCAUGUGCUUUACCUAAAUUUUGCUAUCGUGCUUUGUUACCUGCUAUUACUUCUUCUUCAUCAUCAAACCGUGUAGCACUUAAGCCAAAACAGGCACCAACACAUGCAGCUGGAAAAAAAGAACUACCAUCAAAAUUAGAUGAUAAUGCAGCAGCUGCUCAAAACAAACCAUCUUUACUCAAAUUACCUAAUGUUGAAAAACAACUUAUUUCAUAUAUUCUUGAUGAAGUCAUAGAAAAUAAACCUAAUGUUAAAUUCACUGAUGUUGACGGUCAAGAAAAAGCCAAACGAGCACUUGAAGAAGCCGUUAUUUUACCUGUUCUUCGACCCGAAAUGUUUACUGGUCUACGGGCACCUGUACGAGGUAUUCUAUUAUUUGGACCCCCUGGCAACGGCAAGACAAUGCUAGCAAAAGCUGUAGCUUCUGAAGCAAAAGCUCGUUUUUUCAAUAUAAGUGCAUCUAGUUUAACAUCCAAAUAUGUUGGUGAAGGUGAAAAACUUGUUCGAGCUUUAUUUGCUGCUGCUCGUGAAUUACAACCAUCAAUUAUAUUUAUUGACGAAGUUGAUUCAUUACUUACUCAACGUAAAGAAUCUGAACAUGAUGCAAUGCGUCGAUUGAAAACUGAAUUUCUUGUUCAAUUUGAUGGUGUUCAAACAAACAGUGAUGAUCGUAUUCUUGUUCUUGCUGCAACAAAUUGUCCAUUUGAAUUAGAUGAUGCUGCAUUAAGACGUUUUCCUUGUCGCAUUUAUAUUCAUUUGCCAGAUUCAAGAACACGUAGACAUCUUUUAAAACAUUUACUUACUAAACAAGAACAUAGUUUAACUUCCAGUGAUUUCGAAUGGAUUGCUAAUGAAACACAUAACUACUCCGGUAGUGAUUUAACUGCAUUAGCCAAAGAUGCUGCAAUGGGACCAGUGCGGGAAUUACGUGUUGAUGAAUUAAAACAAUUAUCUAUUAGCCGUAUUCGACCAAUAUCGCGAGAAGAUUUCGUUCAAGCAUUAAGAAAAAUUCGACCAAGUGUAUCACCAUCAACACUUGAAAAAUAUAUCACAUGGAAUCGUACAUUUGGUGAUUGUAGUGCAUAA